AUGGUCUUCAAGAAAGCAGCCAUCGGGCUUACUCUGCCCUUUGCCCUCUUCAGCUCUGUCGCUCUGGGCCAGACCGUUGAUGGCUCAGACUAUGAUAGUCCCAAUGGAGGUCCUCCAGGAAGCUAUUUUGCUGCGGCCAGCACAAUGCCCGUUGCCGCUCUCCAAGCUGCAGCUGCAAAGGCAACCAAAGUCCCUUCGUACGCCACGUAUCCCGUGAGCCAGGACGAUAAUGCCAAAAAGUCCACGAUCCACAGUGACUGGGCGUCCUUCAGCCAGGGCGCGGCCAUCUCCUGGGUGGCCGACAUGGAUGUUGACUGUGAUGGCAUUGACUCUGGGUGCGAGCAUGAAAUUAAGACAUCCCAGGGAAACCCAGAUGGCCAGGAUGCGACAAACUGGGGAGCUCUUGCUGCAUAUGAAGUUCCCUUCAUUGUAAUUCCUCAAAAGUACCUGGACCACAAUGGCAAUGCCCUGAAGGGAAACAAUAUUGCUGCGGUGAUCUGCAAUGGCAAGAUGUUCUACGGUAUCCUCGGUGACGCCAACGGAGAUGAGCCCCAGGUGACCGGAGAGGCUUCCUGGCUGAUGGCCAGAACUUGCUUCCCGAACGAGGGCCUGAAUGGAAACAAGGGCCAUACUGCGGCGGACGUUACUUAUAUCCUGUUCACCGGCGACGAAUCUGUGCUUCCCUCAUCUGCCCUAAAUGAGAACUACAUCACCAACUUUAGCACUCUCAGGUCCAUGGGUGACAAGCUCGUCAACGCCCUGGCUUCUAACCUGGGACUGUCUGGCGGCUCUGGCGGAACACCAACCACGACCACGACUGCUACGCAGCCCACGUCGACCGGAACCUGUUCUUGGGCCGGUCAUUGCGAGGGUGCCAGCUGCUCCACCAACGACGACUGCUCUGACCAGCUUGCUUGCAAAAAUGGCGUUUGCUCCACUGAUGGAGAAGUGGUGUGCUCUUGGGAGGGUCAUUGUGAGGGUGCCACUUGCUCCAGCAACGACGAUUGCUCGGAUGAGCUCUACUGCGCUGGCGGUGCCUGCACUUCUGCAUAG